GAAGGCGGCGCGGAUAAAGGCUGGGGGCCGCCCGCUCGGCCCAGACCGGCCGGGCCAGCGCGCUUUCGACUCCAGACGAGUGUAUUCGCAGGACUUGGGGUCCAGGACCGGCCGUGCCCGAUCCUCCGAGCGGCGGCGGCGGCGGCUGUUGCUAAGGGAGGGGACGCGAGGGGAAGCGCGACCCGGGCGGCAGACGGCACCCAGCGCCACCGGCCGAGCGGCGCCCCCUCCCCAGGACCCUCCUCCGCGUCGCGCCCCGGUCGCGCCCGCCGCCCUUUAAAGGAGCAGCGAGUGCCGUCCCCACCCCCGGAAGGCGCCCCAAGAGCCGGAGCGACCCCGGAGCGCCACUCGCAUCGUGGAUUUCGGUCCCGCGUUCCGCGGCCGGGACGUUCUCGAGGAGGACGCGCGCCGUUCCGCGUCCCCGAGUGCCCGGAGGACCCGGCAUCCGGGGAGCCCCUCGCCCCUGUCCCGGAGGCGCAGCGAGGAUUGGCGGCUCCCACCGGCCCCAGCGCCCCCAGCGCGCGCCGGGGAUGGAGCCGCAGCCCGGCGGCGCCCGGAGCUGCCGGCGCGGGGCCCCCGGCGGCGCCUGCGAGCUGGGCCCAGCGGCCGAGGCGGCGCCCAUGAGCCUCGCCAUCCACAGCACCACGGGCACCCGCUACGACCUGGCCGUGCCGCCCGACGAGACGGUGGAGGGGCUGCGCAAGCGGCUGUCCCAGCGCCUCAAAGUGCCCAAGGAGCGCCUGGCGCUUCUCCACAAAGACACCCGGCUCAGUUCGGGGAAGCUGCAGGAGUUCGGCGUGGGUGAUGGCAGCAAGCUGACCUUGGUACCCACCGUGGAAGCGGGCCUCAUGUCUCAGGCCUCGAGGCCAGAGCAGUCCGUGAUGCAAGCCCUGGAGAGUCUCACGGAGACCCAGGUCAGCGACUUCCUGUCGGGGCGCUCACCGCUGACACUGGCCUUGCGUGUGGGCGACCACAUGAUGUUCGUGCAGCUGCAACUUGCGGCCCAGCACGCGCCACUGCAACACCGCCACGUGCUGGCGGCCGCCGCCGCCGCUGCCGCCGCUGCGCGGGGGGACCCCAGCAUAGCCUCCCCGGUGUCCUCGCCCUGCCGGCCGGUGUCCAGUGCCACACGAGUGCCCCCAGUGCCCACCAGCCCUUCCCCAGCGUCUCCCUCGCCCAUCACAGCCGGCUCCUUCCGGUCCCACGCAGCCUCUACCACCUGCCCGGAGCAGAUGGACUGUUCCACUAUGGCCACCGGCAGCCCCAGUCCUGGUGCCAGCACCACGUCUUCCCCAGGGGCCAGCCCUACCCCCCGCUCCCGAAAACCCGGCGCCGUCAUCGAGAGCUUUGUGAAUCACGCCCCGGGGGUCUUCUCAGGGACCUUCUCUGGCACGCUACACCCCAACUGCCAAGACAGCAGCGGACGGCCGCGGCGUGACAUCGGCACCAUCCUGCAGAUCCUGAACGACCUCCUGAGCGCCACCCGGCACUACCAGGGGAUGCCCCCGUCGCUGGCCCAGCUCCGCUGCCACGCCCAGUGCUCCCCCGCCUCAACAGCCCCCGACCUGGCCCCCAGAACUACCUCCUGCGAGAAGCUCUCGGCCACUCCCCCAGCCUCCCUCCUGCAAGGCCAGAGCCAAAUCCGCAUGUGCAAGCCCCCGGGGGACCGGCUUCGGCAGACAGAAAACCGCGCCACGCGCUGCAAGGUGGAGCGGCUGCAGCUGCUUCUGCAGCAGAAACGGCUCCGCAGAAAGGCCCGGCGAGACGCGCGGGGCCCGUACCACUGGUCACCCAGCCGGAAGGCCGGCCGCAGCGACAGCAGCAGCAGCGGGGGCAGCGGCAGCCCCAGCGAGGCCUCCGGCUUGGGUCUCGACUUCGAGGACUCCGUGUGGAAGCCGGAAGUCAACCCUGACAUCAAGUCAGAGUUCGUGGUGGCUUAGGAUCGGCCACCCUCGCCCCUCGCGCCCCAGCCCAGCGCGGCGGGCACUCCGAGAGCCCCACAGAGAGCGCGGCCCAGCUCUGGAGGGCAGGCGGCCACUCCCCCCCAGCCAGAAGCCUUUCUUUCUUUUCAUCCUUUUUCUUUUUUUAAAAAGUUCUGACCGUGGUUUCCUGGACUCUUGAUGGGUUUUGCUUCCUACCUCCUUCACCCUCCACCCUUCCUCCUCCCCCUCCUCCUCCUCCUCUGUCUCUGUCACCUCUGCGCCGGUCGGUCCUCCCUGCCAACCUCCCCCAGCUCCAAUAUGUAGCAGUCUUUCUGGAUGGCGGAGAGCGGAGGAGACUCAGAAACCCACCCCAUCCCUUCUGCCGCCUCCUUCCCCCCGCACCCUAUUCAGGUUUUAAGUCAAAAAGUCGACGUGUCAUUAUGCACUUUACAGGUGAGGGGAGGGGCCGCAGUGUGCAGAACCCAUCCCGCCCCCAGUGCAGACUUCAGGGCCUCCACCCCAGGCCAGCAGGACCCACUGGGUUACAGCAAGCCAACAGGUCACAGCAGCCUACGAGGGGACUGUUUUCUCUUCCACUCCUGUUCUCUUUUCUUGGUGUCUUUUUGCAUUUUCCUUCAUUUCUUUAAAAAGGAGAGCAAAGCCGUUUUAGCAGAGGGCCUGGGGCUGGGGUCUACCUAGGGGUGUGGCAGCCUUUCCUGCCAGGAAGGGAGAGGGGAACUGCCCACCCCCCACCCCCAGCCAGGACUGUGCUGUUUCCUCCACCCCCACCCCAGUGUUUUCGGACCUCCUGCCUGAGCUUGGGGUAUUUAUAGACUAUUAAUUUUCUGACUGAGCCAAUAGUGGUUGGGGAACUCUUGAAAAAUGGGGAGAGCAUGGCUGGGCGUGGGGAGAUGCCCACCCCCAGCCCUCCUUCCCAGCCCAACCUGAGGGACGUGGGAUUUGGGACUGUCUGGGGGCCUCUCCUGCAGCCAGGAUGGGAGGGGGGUGCUGAGCUGUGAAUCCCCUGGGUAGAGGGCGCCAACUCCGUGUAGCAUUAACCCCUGUGGCGGGGUCCGCUGCUGGUCUAAUUUGGACCCCCCCACCCCUCAGUGCCCCUGCCCUAGGGGUGUCUGGCCCCAGAGGGGAGGGACAAAUCUACUGGGGCCAUUUCAAUGGGGUAGUUUUUGGAUUUUUCCCCCACUCAUUUUUUAUUUUUUAAUGAUAAAGGAGAUGUCUGGGCCCUCCCCACCCUGCCUGUCGGUCUUGUCCUGGCCCUGCCUGUCCCCCCCUUUGUUCUCGUAGGUGAACCCCGGGUCCUCCACUCCCCCCUCUUUAUGUGUUGAAAGUUAAUGGUUUCAGAUGUGAACAUCACGUGUUAUAACUGUAGCUCUGUAAAUUUUUUGUGGGAGGGUGGGCAGGGAGGGGUCCCAGAGGGUGAAGCUCAAGGAUUUUGGGUUUUGUUUUGUUUUCGUUUUUCCAAAAAAAAGAAGAAAAAAAUAGAAAAAAAAAAAAGGAGAAAAAGGGGCGGGUUUGUUUUUUGAAGAACUGUCUUGGAUACCUAUUUAAAUGUGUGUUCUGUUUUGUUUUUUAACGAUUUUUAAAUAACGUCUGUGCCUCCGUGGGUUGAGGGUGGAGCCUCCAGGCAGUAACCGGCUUGCCACCCUCUGCCCGGUAAGGGCUGCCCAAGAAAGCAUUACCCACCCUCGGGGGGUCGGGCUGUGGGGGUCCCGGCACCUGGCGUGAGUUUCAUGUAUGAAAACAAAAUUGAAAAAGAAGAAAAACCUACACAAGCACCGUGAUUUCAAGUAAUAAACAGAAAAUGAAACACAA